UAUGUAACAUAGACGCAUUUAUUGCUGCUUUAACUGGCUUUGUUUCAAUAUGGUCGCUGGCAGCAUUGGCUUUAGAUCGUUGUUUAGUUAUAAGAAAAAACUUACCGACGUCUUAUUCAAUUGAUAAGUCCGUCACUUAUUUACUAUUAACAUUCAUAUGGAUAUUGUGUGUCUCAAGUUCUACAUUGCCAUUCAUGGGAAUCGGAAGAUACGUUCUAGAAGGCUCCAACAUGUCAUGUACUUUUGAUUAUUUCACAAAGACGUCUAACAAUAUCAUAUACAAUGUGUAUAUUCAAAUUACUUUCUUUGGAAUACCGUUACUUUGUAUCACAAUAUGCUACUUGUUAAUAUUCUUGACUGUUAAAAAACAUGAGAGGAUGUAUUUUUCUGUGAGGACAGGUAUCAACGAGGAAUCAUUUCGAAGAACGAGGAGGAGCAGAAAACGUGAAAGAAAUGAACUAAAAACAGCAAAAUCGGGAAUGAUUCUUAUUCUAGUGUUUUGUUUUUCUUGGAUGCCAUACAGUAUAUUAUCAUUGAUAGCAUUGUUUGGAAACAAUAGUUGGAUAUCGCCAAUAAUAGUAACAAUACCAGUUAUUUUAGCAAAAGUGUCAACCAUAUUGAACCCUGUUCUUUACGCUUUUGUAAAUAAGCGAUUCAAAUCAAAGUUGGCGUUAAUGAUUGAUCAGUAUUUGAGAAAAUGGCGGGAAAAUGAUACGCAAGACACGCGAUCUCCUUCAGAGGGAAACUUUUAUUUCAUUUCAAUGAGAUCAGCAUUAAGACAGUCUAGAAGAAGUAGUUUUGUUACAGAACUGUGA